CCGCGGAAUCGAAACAGAAAGUGUCCGCGGCCGCUGACGCGUCGCCUCAGUCGCUCAGGACCGAGCCCCAUCAGGACAUAAGGACAUUAGACCAUUAGACCACCAGGACCAUCAGACCACCAGGACCAUUAGACCACCAGGACCAUCAGACCACCAGGACCACCAGGACCAUCAGACCACCAGACACCGCGAUGGACGAGGUGCGCUGGCCGGUGACGGUGGAGGGGGACUGGGGUCCGGACCAGGCCAGAGCCGCGCGGAGCAAACUGCAGCUUUACUUCCAGAACCAGAGGAAGUCCGGCGGGGGGGAGUGUCGGGUGGAGGCCGAGGACGGAGCCCCGAGGGCCGCCGUGAUCUUCGGCUCCGAGGAGGUGAGGGAGCGAGUCCUCGCCAGGGACGACCACCAGAUCGUCCUGCAGGAUCGAACCUUCAGGCUGCGUCUGACUCCUGCAGCAACUCCGACGAACAGUGACGACGUCUCGGAUUCAUCCACAGGCUCAGAGACGCUGACGUCACACGUCGGACCUGGAGCAGCUGCCGCCCACAAACACGACUCGGCGGCGGUCGUGCUGCACAACGUGUCGGACGCCAUGAGCAGGGAUCUGCUGCUGAUCCUGGUGGAGAACGUCUCGGGCUUCGACGCGAGCGGCUUCAGUCUGGAGCUCAUCCGGGAAUCCAACAGAGCCGUGGUCGCCUUCAACAAGCCUGCGGAUGCAGAGAAGUUCGUCAGUGUGAGUCGGACCAGCGCGAAGAUGCAGAAACACGGGCUGACCGCUCGUCCACUGGAGGCAGCGAAGAGCGUCCGAGUGGAGGGUCUUCCCGAUGCUCUAUUCCAGCCGUGUGCUCUGAAUUCACCUACAGACAUGUUGGAGCUGUAUUUCGACAAGAGGUGGGCUCUGCCGGACGAUAUCAUCAUGAUCCCGAGCGAACAGGCUGCCAUCGUCUCUUUCAGUGACCCUAAAGUUGUGCAAAGCGUUUGCCUAAAAGAAGACCACGUGUUCGGCUCCAACCCCAUCAAGGUGUAUCCGUACAACGAGUUCCUGGGCGCCACCUUGUACGGCAAAGAACGACCAACAUGGCAGAUGCCCAAGCCCUUCACAGAGAGCGUUCACCACGCGAUCUGGAAAUUCCUCCUGAUGAAGAAACAGUUGCAAGGCAUCAAUGACCAGAUGCGUCCGUACUUCUGCAGCGUGGACUUAGAUAAUCCUGUGGUGAAACUCGGACCUCUCCCCAGCAUUUUGAGUCAGAGAGAUAUGAAUGCCAAGCGUCUGGAUAACUGGAUGAGUACAGCGCAGACGGCCUUCCGCCAGCUGAUGUCUCAGUACUCAGCCUUUGAAUGUCCAGUGAAUGCACCUGCAUGGAAAGCUGCAGAGAAGGAAGUCCGUUCGGUCGUCAGGGAGGACGCCGUCCUGGUGCCGGAUGCAUCCAGGCAGGCCUUGAUCGUGGCGGGCCAAGCUGAUGAUAUCAAGCGAAUCAGGGCUCCUGUGGAGAACAUCGUUCUUAAAGCCAUGAGUCAGAUUGAACGGCAGACAAACAGGUUCUCGGACAAAAUGAUUCUGUCCCCUGCGAUGUUCUACAUCCUGAAGCAGGCUGGGCUACAGAAAGCUUCGUUCGACAUUUCACCUGAGAUGAACAUUUCUUACGAUGAAGGCGCCAAAAAGUUAACCAUUUCAGGACUCCCUGAAGAGGUUUACAAGACUAAAGACUGGAUCUUAGAGAGGAAUGUGAAUAUGAGUAAAAAACAGCUGAUAUUCCCCCCAUGUCUUCUAGACUUUUUAAAGACGGUGGAUCCCAUGGACACAUCGCAGGACCUGUUCACAUCCCAUGGGAUCAGUGCCAUCUACACCAUCGACCACAAAGGGCUUAUUCUGUUGGGGAACUCUGACAGCGUCCUCGCUGACGCAGAGAGUAGGAUGAACAAGGUUUUGUCUGCUGUCACUCUGGAUGUGGAAGACCAGGAAGUUCUGAAACUCAACACCUGGGUCGACCUGAACCAGCAACUUCUGGACACGUACAACUCCUCAAAGAAGAAAACUGUGGCCAUCCAGAUCCCCCCGGAGAGACGAGACAAAGUAACGGUGUCUGGCUUUGAGAAUCCGGUGAAGGAAGUCGGCCGUAGUCUGAAGAAAUUCAUUGUGAACUACGCACGAGUUCAAGAAACCAUUCGUGUCGAGUCCUGUGCUGUUGUUCAGUUCAUUGACAAGAAGAAAUCCCAUGAUUUGUCCAGUAUUCUUAAAGCCAAUGACGUGACAGUCGAUUUUGAUUCAGAGAGGCCAAGAAUCACCAUCAUCGGGGCGCGUCUUCAUGUUCACAAAGCCAGAUCCUGCUUGCAGGAAGUGAUUAAUGCUCUCUCCACUGACAAGUUAACUGUGGAUAAACCAGGAGCAAAGAAGUACUUCCAGUCGCAAGGAAGCCUGUUUCUGUCCACAAUGUUGACAGAGUUCAACUGUGCGGUGGUGCUUCGUCCAGAUAAUCAAGACGAAUGGGAGGAGGAAGAGAGUGGCCUUUGUUACUGCCAAGUGCGGACCACUGGGGGAGUUCUGAUUUCAGUUAGCAAGGCAGACAUUUGCAGCUUUAACGCCGACGCAGUGGUUAAUGCAGCUAAUGAGGAAUUACAGCACAUUGGUGGCCUCGCGUUGGGGCUGCUCAAGGGGGCAGGACCGCAGCUGCAGAAGCUCAGCGAUGACUACAUCUCCAAACAUGGACAUCUGCGCCCUGGUGACGCCAUCGUAACCGCCGCCGGUAACCUUCCUUGCAAGUACGUCGUGCAUGCCGUCGGACCACGUUUCUCCGAAGCUGACAAGAGGAUUUCGGUCUCGCGUCUGAAGCUUGCGGUUCAACAAAGUCUGAAACAAGCAGAGGCGGUCAACUGCUCCUCCGUCGCGCUGCCAGCGAUCAGCUCGGGCGUGUUUGGUUUUCCUGUUGACCUCUGCGCCGAGACCAUAGCUCAGGCAGUGCGGGAGUACUGCGACAGUCCACGGCGGCUGGGAACAUUGACGGAGAUCCACCUGGUGGACAACUUCGGUAACACCGUCAGAGCCCUGGCUAAAGCUGUCAACCAAGAGUUCAUUGACCUUGGACCGACUAUGACAGUACCACAGCAGGGGGGCCAAAGAGGCGCCGGGGCUGCAAGUGGACAGCAGCGUGGUCGUGGUCGUGGUCAAGGUCGUGGUCGGGGUUGGAGUCCGAGCCAGUCCCAGAGGGGCUGGCAGUCUGGGGGAGGAGGACGAGGGGGAGGAGGAGGAGGACGAGGGGGAGGAGGACGAGGGGGAGGAGAAGGAGGACGAGGGGGAGGAGGAGGAGGGGGACGAGGGGGAGGGGGAGGGGGAGGAGGAGGAGGAGCUGGAUUUCAUGGAGGCCUGUCGGCCAACAGCAGACGUGGGAGCCCCAGAGGACACAUCAGUCCUGGGGGCCAUGGAGGGCCGGGGGGGGUGGAGCGGAUCACCGCCGAGGGGCUGAAGAUUGUUCUCUACAUAGGAAACAUCCAGGACCAGAAAACCGAAGUCAUCGUCAACACCAUCUCAGAGAACUUGGACCUGAACCAGGGGGGCGUGUCCAAGGCCAUCCUGGGGGCGGCCGGCGCCGGUCUGCAGUCGGCCGUCCUGGCUGAGGCCAGGGCGGCGACGCUGCAGCACGGCGAGGUCGCCAUCACCGGCGGCUUCAACCUCGCGUGUCGGGAAGUGUUCCACGUCGUUUGCCCUGCUUGGGACAACGGAGGAGGGCAGGCGGAGCAGGCGUUAGUAACCAUCGUCAGUUAUUGUCUGGAGGCGGCGGAGAAGCGUAAGAUGAGGUCGCUGUCCUUCCCGGCCAUCGGUACGGGAAACCUGAGCUUCCCCAGAGACGUGGUGUCCAGAGUCCUGCACAGCGAGAUCCACGCGUUCAGUCGCAGAAGAUCGACGCGCCAUCUGCGAGCGGUGGUCAUCGUCGUUCACCCCGGCGACACCCAAACUGUGGAUUGUUUCACCAGGGAGUUCAAAGGUCAAGCUGGUCAGAGACACGUCCAACAUGAAGCACAGGAGUCACCGGCUGUCCAACCACUCAGCCAAUCACAGCCGACCUCAGCAUCCUUCGGCCGGGUCUCCUCCCCCUCCCUCGGUGUGUACCAGAUGCAGAUGGGUCCGCUCUCCCUCGAGGUGUCGUCAGGAGACAUCACCAAGGAGGCCAGUGAUGUCAUCGUCAACUCCUCCAAUCAGGACUUUAACCUUAAAACAGGAGUGUCCAAGGCGAUCUUAGACAGCGCUGGAACCACCGUGGAGACGGAGUGCUCACGGAAGGUGAAAGCUCCGGGUUACCUGCCUGGUCCACUGAUCAUCACGUCGGCCGGACUCCUGCCCAGCAGAGCCAUCGUCCACGUUGUCGGACAGAGUGACCCCGCAAAGAUCAAGGACGUGGUUUACUCUGUGCUGAAGGUCUGCGAGGAAAAAAAGUUCUGCUCCGUCUCCUUCCCGGCGCUGGGAACAGGUCAGGGAGGGGCCAACCCGACAGCGGUGGCCGACGCGAUGGUGGAAGCAGUGGUGGAGUUUGUGAGGAAGAAGCACCCGAGGUUUGUCCACUGCGUGAAGAUCCUCAUCUUCCAGACGACCAUGAUGACGGAGUUCCACAAGAGCAUGAAGCAGAGAGAGGGAGAGGAGGUGGAGGCGAAGAGCGUCUUCACCAAGUUCAAAGACAGUGUCACCUCGUUCUUUGGACUUGGGGAGGAGCGGCCCGGCGCCGAUGACCUGGUCCUGGAGGGGGAGGAGUUUGAGCCAGUAGUGUUUCAGUUGUGUGCUGACAGCCAUAAGGCUCUCAGCCAGGCUAAGAAAAGGAUAAAUGAACUGAUCGUGGCCGAGCAGGCAACGAAAACCAUCAGCGACCCGUACAUCAGUCAGCUGACGCAGGCCGACAUGGAUCAGCUGAGGGACCUGCAGAGGAAACUGAUGGUGAGCAUCUGUCUGGACAAAGGCCUCGAGGACCAGGAGCCAAACAUCCGCCUGGAGGGUCUGACCCGGGACGUCCUCAUCGCCGACUCUGCAGUCAGGGACGUCAUCCGGAGGGUGGAGAGGAUGGAGAACCAGAAGAGCAUGGCCCUGAUGCUGACUGCGCUGGUCGAAUGGCAGUUUCAGCACCCCGCUGGGAUAAUGGUGCCCUUCGACAUGUACACCAACCUGAACCUGGAGGAGGCUCUGAAGAAGAAACAAAGCGUGAAGAUCAAGAUCAACAACCAAACGUUCACCGCCGACGUCAUACUUAGGAAGGCGGUUUCAGCAAAUGGCCAAAAAGAGGUGGAGCUACUUCGAAAAGAGGUCAAAGGGGACGACGCCCUGCCCCCCCGCUGGGAGGCCAUGAAGGGCGACCUCGUGAAGCUGUUCCCUCUGACUCUGGGAUCUCAGGAAUACAGCGAAGUGGUGCAGGAAUUCACAAAGACCAGUCUCACUGCGAACAUCAUCAGUAUUGAACGGGUCCAGAAUGUGACUCUGUGGCAGAGCUACCAGCUCAUGAAGAAACAACUGGAGGUGAAGAACAAACACACCAACAAUGAAAAGCUGCUCUUCCACGGCACCGGCGCCAACGCCAUCGGUCUCAUCAACGACAAGGGCUUCAACCGCAGCUACGCAGGAGUACACGGAGCGAUGUUUGGUAAUGGCUCUUACUUUGCUGUGGACCCGGCGUACUCGGCGCAGGGCUAUGCCAAGCCUGACGCUAGCGGGCACAAGCGCAUAUACCUGUCCCGGGUCCUGGUCGGAGACUACACCCUCGGAAGAGGUGGCCUGAUCACACCGCCCUCCAAAGGCUCUGUGAACGCCGCAGAUCUCUACGACAGUGUCGCUGAUAACCCUGCCAACCCAACCAUGUUUGUCGUCUUCAAUGACAUACAGGCAUACCCAGAAUACCUGAUCACAUUUACAUGAUUACACUGUUCAAAUGCUCUGAUGAAAAUGUAUGUUUUAGUUUCAGUUCAGUCGAAAAAAUCCCUUAAAGAUAAUUAAUACUGUCUCGCAUUUUAUUUAACGCUACAGUGUGUGAUAGUUAGAAGAGCUUAUUCACAGAAAUUGAACAUAUUGUCCAUAACUAUGUGUUCAUAUAUGAAUAAUCACGAUGUUUUUUCGUCAACUUUGAAUGAGUUAAAUAAACGGACCAGAAAACGUUG